AUGGAGCCUGCCCCCGCAGAGCCCAUCCUUGCUGCAUCCAACGCCAGGUUCACAAUGUUCCCAGUCAAGUACGAUGAGCUAUGGAAACUGUACAAGGAGGCUGUGGCUAGCUUCUGGACAACAGAGGAGGUGGACCUCAGCGAUGACCUGCCCCACUGGGAGAAGCUCACUAGCAAGGAGAGGUUCUUCAUCUCUCGAGUGUUGGCCUUCUUCGCUGCCAGUGACGGGAUUGUCCUGGAAAACCUGGCCCUCAGGUUCUUUGCAGAGGUGCAGAUUCCAGAAGCACGGGCAUUCUACUCCAUGCAGAUGGCGAUUGAGACCAUCCACUCUGAGCAGUAUAGCCUCCUCAUUGAUGCCUACGUGAAGGACUCUCAGGAGAAGGACGAGAUGUUCGGCGCCAUCGACUCAAUCCCAUGUGUCCAGAGGAAGGCGGACUGGGCAACCAAGUGGAUCGAGCGCGGACGGUCGUUUGGAGAGAGGCUCGUUGCCUUUGCAUGCGUGGAGGGUAUCCACUUCUCGGGGUCAUUCUGCGCCAUCUUCUGGCUGAAGAAGCGGGGACUCAUGCCCGGCCUUUGUUUUGCCAAUGAGCUCAUCAGCCGCGAUGAGGGGCUGCACACCGACUUCGCGUGCCAGCUCUACGAGACCCUCCAGGAGAAGCUGCCAGCUCAGACCGUGAGGGACAUUGUCACUGAUGCUGUGAAGAUUGAGCAGGCUUUUAUCUGUGAGGCGCUACCCUGCAGUCUUAUUGGAAUCAAUGCUUCCCUGAUGUCGGAGUACAUUGAGUUUGUUGCAGACAGGCUCUGCCAGCAGCUGGGGUACGAGGCAAUAUACGGCACCACCAACCCUUUCAGUUUUAUGGACCUGAUCGCGCUCGAUGGAAAAGCAAACUUCUUUGAGAGGAAGGUGUCCGCCUAUCAACGCGCAGGGAUGGAUGCUGCUGCUAUCACCGUUGCACGGGCCGCCAAUCUGGCAACCUACGGGAACAACCACAACAAAGAAGCGCAAGGUCUGCGACUGAUCUCGCGUGCACUUCAGGAGGACGGCCGUCUCAAGUUCCACAAGUCGUUUGAGAAGGCUCUUGCUGACUUCUGCGUAUAUACACCUGGUUCGCCCGCACUUGGAGUACAGGUCAAAACCACGGGUGUGACAUUAGAACUGAAUGCGGGCUAUGAGUACUAUAUCUUCGGACGGACAAAUGGAUACGCUGGCUUGUUGAUGAUCUUUGUGGCCCUCCACUUGGAGACCCCGCGCAUCUGGCUUGCGGAUGGAUCCAGGGUGAUCAGUAUGACGGUUACAAUUCCAGGAACCCUCCGGCGGCGCAUGAGGUCUGACAGACUACAAGAGAUAAAGCUCGCCACCCUGGCAGACGCAAUCUACACAAUCUAUAUGGCAGCCCUAUCAGGCUCUAGCAACUACGUGCUUCGCAGCCCAAGGGACCACGAGAAGCCCACGGAACGGAACGCCUUGGCGGAGUACAACGCCUUCCAGCGUCUUCAGCGCUCGUUACCGGUCCUUUUCAUGGACCCUCCAGCCGAGUUCCUGAGCUACGAUUAUAUCGUGGAUGGCAGGAGGUGGCAGCUGAAGUUGGCCCGAUACAAUCGUAAAUCUGAUUACUACUCCGUGGGUUGCCAUAAGCAAGCAGGCAGAGUGAACGGGAAGAAGACACAGAGGCAGUAUGAAGUCGGUGAUUUUGACUUCCUCUGCAUCCAACUCCCCGAGGCCCCCAAGACCUUGCACUGCUGCUACGUGAUCCCGCAGAGCAUACUGGCCGAUCAUAGUCUUGCCGGCAACGCUGCCAAGUCUUCCGCGGCCGUCCUUGUGUACCCGCAUCGCCUGGUGACGGCCAGGAAUGCUGUGCACACACAGGGCGUUCACUGGACGGAGAGUUAUCGCGUCGACUUUGCCGAUGACCCAUUGGCACAGCUGGCGCGCAUUACGCAAGGAGCAUCCAGCGGGCAGGGGAGGUGGAUGGCCCCGAUGCAAAAAAAGGCUCGCAACGAGAAAGGGUUGGAGGUCCAGAGCGCGAGAUCUGACAAACGUGCUGAAUUAGACGCUCAGUAUAGGAGAGCUGUGAAGAACAAGGAGAAGUGGGAUAAGGAAAAGCUUCAGAGUAGGCUGAGCGCACGAGAGAAACAGAAGAAAGACAAAGAGCUUCAAGAUGCAAUUGAUGCUGGACGGAAAAGGCUCCAUGCAUUCAAUGAAGAGGAGGCAGCCACCUUGCGCAGACAGAUUGCACUGGGAGAGAGAGCUGCAAUGGGCCGGGAGCUCAGCAAGCAAGGAAAGGGGAAGAAGAAGAACAAUCCGAUCCACCAACCUGUCCACAACGUGGCUCCCGAACCAACCUCAAGCACUCAGAACGUGAGCCAGAUUGAAUUGGACCAAAGGGGUGCCGUGGAUAGAGCACUCAAGCAAAACAAUGAUAGGCAGCCUGCGAAAGCAAUUGCACUGGCAGGGGCGGCCCGGAACAACCCACUCUUUGAAAACAGUGCCCAACAGCACUCCGUGUCCGUCCCGGCACCUCGACGAAAUCUUGGCGGAGCGGUGGUAACCAGUCACAACAACCCACUCUUCAAGCCAAGCGCCCCGAACGUGAGGAGCAGCUUACGGCUGCUCAAGAGCUCUCAUGGUAAGAGGCCGUCGCAGAUAGAUGCCACCCUGCCCGACUAUCAGGAACCGCAGCCGCCCACCGCGAGAAAACGUGGGGCGGAAGUGCGGACGAUUGACAACAACAUCUACAACAGCUUACAAGAGACAGAUCUAGCAAAGCUAGCAAACAACGAUGAGAGGGAGGAGGUGCAAAGGCUGGAGCAGCUCAGGCUUGAACGCCCGUCAUUCCCAAAACUUCGACCUCGCCCCUACUUCUAUGAAGUUGGCGCUUUGCCUGUGACCGAUGAGGACGAGUGGGAUAAUCAUCUGGAGCCCAAGCUGGUUGAGAACGAGCUCCCGAUGCCCCGCAAGGGUCACCCGCUGUUCGAUCGCGUUUACCUGCGUGAACGACAUCCAACAGCUACUGAGAACUUGCCUGCUCCGUACAAGCCUGCGGCCCCGCCCUACCGGCCACGUGCCAUAAAGCUGCCAGGUUUUGAAUCUCCUAACCUGCCAACACCGGGCAAUAUCUUGGUGCCACCAAUGAGAAAGAGGCGCUCUAGUUUCGUGGAGGAUCUUCCACCAACAGGCAACCUGAGAGUCCCUACCUUGCGGACGAGGCGGGCGUCCAGUUGGUUCAAGGGCUGGGGCCAAAGGCAAGGGAACACAAGUAGUCCAACAAAUGAGUCCAACAAGCAAUCUGGAGGGUUUGUCACUUGGUGGAAGGGGAGAGCACAGAAGGCUCAGCACGAGAGUGAAAGGGACUCUGGUGGUGACGGGAGCUCGAAACAAGCGUCCAGCUGGUUCAAGGGCUGGUCCUCUCCUUGGGGCUACAGGAAAGGAGACAGAAGAACUGCAACUAGUGAUUCCAACAAGCAAGUCCGUACUGGAGGGUUUGUUGCAGAACAGAAUGAGCAGAAGGACAGGCAACAGCAAGAGAGUAGAAAUGUACAGAAUAGGGCCAACAAGCAGGCCGCGAAAGAACGCUCUGACAAGGCCCAGAAGCUCAAGAAUGAAUUGAAACGGGUCAAACAGCAAGGGAAAGAAGAUGAGGGUAUAAGAAAUCUGCAAGAAGAAUUGAAUAAAGAGAUGGCCCAGAAGCAGGCGAUGAAUGCUUACAGAGAACGGGCGCAAAAGGUCGAGAAUGAACAGAACAGGAAAAGAAGAGAAAGGCUGAACGCCAUAGAGCAACAAUGGAGAGAAAACAUGGCGCAGAGGGCCAAGCAGCAGCAAGAAACUACGAGCUCUGGAACCAACCCCGUGCUGCCAGGCAAGCACAUGAUUGCAGCCACUCAGCCAGGAAAGUCAGGGAUUCGCAAUUGGCAAGAAGCACUGCAAGCAGCUGUUGUUACACCACCAAGCACUGAGCUCAAGCGUGUUAGCCCCGCAGCACCCACAAGAAGCUCUGGCUGGACAGCAUUCUCACCCAAUGAUAAACGGUCCCUUUACUAUGGCAAGGCUGCAAAACAAGCUGCACGCGGACAGGUUCCCGCAACUAUGACACAGAGGGUCCACGACAUACCCAUUCCUCAAGAGCUCACCCGAGCACCGAUUGCUGUCACCACCAUUCUCACAAAGCAAGGGAGACUGCAGGGGGGUGGUCCUGCAGGAGUUGAGCAUCCCCGCAAAGAUAGAGAUGAUGCAGAGACUGUCAGGCAAGUUGUGGAAACAGUGCUGACAAAUUUAGCACAGCGUAGUGAAGACGAGGCUAGGGAGACACAGCUGCAGGAUGACGUGGAGAAGGAGAAGCAUCUGUUGGAGGCAAAGCUUCACCAAAUGCAGGUGGAAUGGGAGGCUGCUCAGAACAGGGAAGAACGUUUGAAGGCGGACAUCCAAAGAGUGAGGGAGCUUUUGGAUGCUGAGAAGUGCAAGAUGGGCAAAGAUGUGCAGCACUUCAGGAAGCAGGUGGCCCAGCUGAGGUCAGAGAAUGCUGUGCUGAAAGACCAAGUCUCAGCAACUUACAGGCGCUGCACCCCCAUCGAGCACAUCCGAACUCGACCAGAUUCAUAUGUAGGGUCCGUUGUCCCAGAGCAGACCAAGACCUGGGUCAUCGAGGAAGGGCGCGCCAUCGAGAAGGAGAUCACUGUCGUCCCUGGCCUCUACAAGAUUGUGGACGAGAUCCUGGUCAACGCGAUCGACCAGACAAAGGUGGACCCGACCGUCGACUCCAUCAAGGUUGAGGUUGAUGUGGAGGCAGGGCUUAUCAGCGUGGCCAACAGCGGGCGAGGCAUCCCCGUGGUUGAGCACGACUCUUACAAGAUGUACAUACCUGAGCUGAUCUUUGGCAACCUCCUGACCUCUUCAAACUAUGAUGACUCGGAGGAGCGGACCACCGGCGGGCGCAACGGGUACGGGGCCAAGCUGACCAACGUCUUCAGCCAAUCCUUUGCUGUUGAGACCUUGGACCUAGAGAGAGGGCUCAAGUAUUGCCAGGUCUGGGAGGACGGGAUGUCCAAGUGCAAGCCGCCAAAGAUCUCACGCCCCAAGAAUCCCAAGCACGGCUACUGCAAGAUCUCCUUCAAACCCGACCUCGCUGUCUUCUCCAUGGAACGCCUGAACGACGAGAUUGUCAGCCUCCUCCACCGGAGGGCCCACGACGCCGCAGCCUGCACGCGUCCGAGCGUGAGGGUGUCUUUCAAUGGCAAGAACCUCCCGUCCAAGGGUGGGUUUGAGAGCUACUGCGAGCUGUUCAUCGGGUGCAAGAAGGAGGCGCCGCGCGUGUUCUUCCGCCCAAACGAGCGCUGGGAGGUCUGUGUAGCUGCUUCCGCGGACGGCUUCCAAGCCAUCUCGUUCGUCAACGGCGUGCACACGGCUCUGGGCGGCACCCACGUGGAGCACGUGGUUGCGCCGCUCACCCGGAGGGUUGCCGAAAUGCUGCAGGCCAAGGUGAAGGGGGCUACUAUCCGGCCAGCACAUGUCAAGGAAAAGCUGAUGCUCUUUGUGAAUGCGACGCUCGUCAACCCCACCUUCAGCUCUCAGACAAAGGAGAUGUGCACGCUAAAGGCCAGCCUCUUUGGGAGCACGUGCGAGGUGCCAGACGAGGUGGUUGGAAAGGUGGUGGGCAAGCUAGGGAUUGCCGACGCGAUCAUUGCAAAGGCAAGGGAGCGAGAGGCCAAGACUCUGUCACGAACGGACGGGAACAAGACGAGCGUCAUCAGGGGGAUCCCCAAGCUGGAGGAUGCCAACAAAGCGGGUGGCAAGCGGAGCUCCGAAUGCACGCUCCUGGUGGUGGAAGGGGACAGCGCUCGUGCUUUCGCCAUGGCAGGGCUUUCUGUGGUUGGCAGGGAGUUGUACGGGGUCUUUGCGCUGCGGGGGAAGAUCCUCAACUGCAGGGACGCCCCAAUCAAGGCCAUUGCGGAGAACAAGGAGAUUGCCAACCUCAAGCAGAUCCUGGGCCUCCGAGAGGGCCACAAGUACAAGUCGCUCUUGGAGCUGCGCUACGGGAGAGUCAUGCUCCUCACGGAUGCUGACUGCGAUGGCACGCACAUCCGAGCGCUCUUCCUCAACUUUGUCGAGUUUGGCUGGCCGGAGCUUAUCGAGCUGGGGUUUGCGUGGCACCUGAGGACCCACGUGGUCAGGGCGUUCAAGAGCAGCCUGACGCGUGCGUUCUUCACGGAGCGGCAGUACAGGGAGUGGGCACAGACGAGCGAGGCCCGUGGUGCCUGGCGAAUCAAGUUCCUGAAAGGUCUGGGCACGUCCACCGCCAAGGAUGCCAAGGAGAUCUUCAGCAACAUGAGCAAGGUCACGUACACAACGGACCCCGGGGCGGCCGCGGCCAUGCAGCUAGCCUUUCAAAAGGCAAGGGCAAACGACAGGAAGAGGUGGAUCGUUGAGGCGAUUGCAAACCCAGCGCCGGAGCCGGUAGGCGAGCGGGUGACCCUCUCAGAGAUGGUGGACACCGAGCUUGUCAACUACUCCAUUGCUGAUGUCCGCCGCUCCAUCCCCAGUGCAAUCGACGGUCUGAAACCCUCGACGAGGAAGAUCAUCCACGUCAGCAUCAAAAGAAACGUUCGGGAGGAGUUCAAGGUGGCCCAGCUAGCCGCGGCGGUCGCAGAGGGAAGUGCAUACCAUCACGGGGAGGAGAGUCUGAGCGGCGCCAUCAUUAACCUGGCGCAGACGUUUGUGGGAUCCAACAACCUCAACCUGCUCGAACCGGUCGGGAUGUUCGGGACGCGCCUGGCCAACGGGAAGGACAGUGCCGCGCCGAGAUACCUCUUCACGCACCUGACUCCAACUGCACUCUGCGCUGUCCACCCUGCCGACGGCCCCCUCCUGACCUACCUUGAAGAGGACGGCAAGGCCAUAGAGCCAGCCUACUUUGUCCCGACCGUACCCUUGAUCCUCCUGAACGGUGCCUCCGGUAUCGGCACUGGCUUCUCCACGUACGUCCCCAACCACGCGCUGGAGGACGUCAUUGCCAACAUCCGGGCAAUGCUGCGAGGCCUCGACCCGAUUGAGAUGCACCCUUCUUGGGCUGGCUUCAAGGGGACCGUCCGGGAGUCUGAAAAGGGGGAGUACGUCGUUUCCGGGGUUUACGAGAGGCUCGACAGCAGCCGCAUCCGCAUCACGGAGCUGCCAAUCGGGACGUCGAUCGACGCCUACAAGGCUUUCCUGGAGAGCGACAAGCUAGGGGCCCGGUCCAUCAAGAACGAAUGCACGGACACGAUUGUGGACUUCACCGUGGAGUUCAGCCCCGAGAGGCUCGAGACUAUCCUGCCUGACAUCGAGAAGGAGCUCUGCCUCACCAGGAAGCUGAGCACCAACAACAUGCACCUGUUCGACUCGAACGGCCACAUAAGACGGUUUGAGACCGUGACCGACAUCCUGCGGGAGUUCUUUGGGGUGCGGCUGAGCCUCUACGAACGCCGCCUGCUGCACCUGAUCCGAGCAAAAGAAGAGGAGCUGGCUGCCUGUUCCUACCGGGCGCUCUUUGUGACGAGUGUGCUCGAUGGGGGUGUCCGACUUCUGAAAGCCAAGGUGGCAGACAUCCGUGCCGACAUGAGCGCGGCAGGGAUCCCCGAGGCCUACCAUCAGCGCUUCAUGUCGCUCCCCCUGUCGAGCCUGACGGUGGACGAGGUGGAGAGGCUCUUGGCGGCCAAAGAGGCCCUGGCGUCAGCCCUUGACCUCCUCAAGGGCAACACUUCUUCGGCGCUGUGGGAGGAAGACCUGCUUGAGUUGGAGAGAGCGCGGAAAAUCGGAGCAUAG